CGGUCUAAAGUUUACUGUGUAUAAAACUAGGGAAACGCAAGAAAUAAAAACAUUUUUGUAUUUUGUAAUUCACCAAAUAUUUACACUUGUUGGAUUUGAGUGUACUACACCAGUCUUGAGGCUUUGAAUUUUAAAUCAUUGAUUGAUUUGUAAUUUUGGUAUGCAUUUCAGUUGUACGACCCUUUCUAAACCCUAGAAAUCGACACAAGCUCUUCAAAAUCAACAACCUUUGUGCUAGAUUCUGAUAACAUGGAAGAGGCAGGACCGAGCAACAAGGAGAAGCCAUCAAACGGAGCGGUACAUCUCGACUUAAACGACGAUGAUGAAGACGACGAUGAAAUGAUGGAUGCACCAUCCGUUAGAGAUUUCGACGAACUGACGUUAAAGAACUUUACUAAAAGGGCAUCAGCGUCCUUUUUCAAACACUACGGGCUUAUAAGUCAUCAGAUCAACUCGUUUAACGACUUCAUCAAAGUAGGAAUUCAGAAUGUUUUCGAUUCUAUUGGUGAGAUUGUUGUUGAACCAGGGUAUGAUCCCUCAAAGAAAGGUGAUGAAUGGAGAUUCGCUUCGGUGAAAUUCGGGAAGGUCACUCUCGAGCACCCUCGGUUUUGGACGGGUGAAAAGUUUACAGCUGAUAGCGGUAAAGAAUACCUUGAGUUCUUGCCCAGACAUGCGCGUCUUCAAAAUAUGACAUACUCAUCCCGAAUGAAAGUUCAGUUCACAAAAGUGGUGUAUACUCAAGAGCUUGUUAGAAGUGACAAGUUCAAAACUGGAAAAGAGAAGUUUUUGGACAAGAAAAUCUUAGAUACCGAGGAGCGAGAAGUGUAUAUCGGGAGGAUUCCCGUGAUGGUUAAAUCCGACUCGUGCUGGAUGAGCGGAGCCGACAAAGACGAUUGUGAUUAUGACCAAGGUGGCUAUUUCAUAAUCAAAGGAGCCGAGAAGACUUUCAUUGCACAAGAGCAGCUCGGGUUCGAUAGAAUUUGGGUGUCAGGUACUCCAAAUUGGCGAGUGACAUACCGUUCGGUUCACAAGAGAAAAAGGGUUUACGUAAAACUGACAGACACUCCGAAAAUCGAAGAUAUUGUAGGUGGAGCACAAGUGAUAACGGUAUACGUGUUAAGUUUGAUGGAUAUGCCUAUAUGGAUCCUCUUUUUCGCCCUUGGGGUAUCGUCAGAUAAACAAGUGGUUGACCUGAUCGAUGCCGAUAUUACGGACGGAAAUAUCGUGAAUAUUUUAAUUGCUUCGAUUCACGCCGCUGAUCAGGAAUGCGAUGAGUUUCGUAAAGGAAGAAACGCGCUAAAUUAUGUUGAAAAACUUCUCAAAGAAAGCAGAUUUCCACCGAAAGAGUCGGUCAAAGAGUGUAUCGAGAACUACUUAUUUCCGAAUAUCGUCGGCUUUAGUAGAAAAGCUCGGUAUCUUGGGUAUAUGGUGAAAUGUCUUCUAGAAGGUUAUGUCGGUCGAAGAAAAACUUGCAAUAAAGAUGAUUUUAGGAACAAACGGUUGGAACUGGCUGGCGAGUUGCUUGAACGAGAGCUUAAAAUUCAUCUUAAACAUGCGGAGAAGCGAAUGGUGAAGUCGAUGCAAAGGGAUCUUUAUCCGGAUCGAACUGUACAACCGAUAGAGCAUUAUUUCGACGCUGCAAUUAUUACAAAUGGGCUUUCGCGGGCUUUUUCGACGGGUUCGUGGUCACAUCCGUUGAAAAACAUGGAGAAGACGUCUGGUGUGGUGGCUACACUUAGAAGGGCAAAUCCUUUGCAAAUGAUCGCUGAUAUGCGGAGAACCCGUCAGCAGGUUUUAUAUGCCGGCAAGGCUGGAGAUGCAAGAUACCCACACCCAUCUCACUGGGGAAAGAUAUGCUAUCUUUCCACCCCUGACGGUGAAAAUUGCGGGUUGGUAAAGAAUCUGGCUGGGACUGCUCUUGUGUCAACGACAGUCCGGGAACAAUUUUCUGAUAUACUGACAGCGUGUGGAAUGGAAAAGUUGGUGGAUGAUACCUCAACUUCACUCUCCGGAAUGGACCGAAUUUUUGUGAACGGUGAUUGGGUCGGGAAUUGCAAAAAUUCUGCUUCGUUUGUAGCUGAGUUCAGGAGCAAGCGCCGUAGUAAACAAGUUCCUCCUCAGGUUGAAAUAAAAAGAGAUGCGAAUCAUAAAGAAGUGAGGAUAUUUUCCGAUGCUGGAAGAAUUUUGCGUCCCCUUUUAGUCGUCAAAAACUUGCACAAAAUCAAACUUUUAAAGGGCGGAGGUUACUCUUUCCAAGAUCUUCUAGAUAACGGAGUCGUUGAACUAAUCGGACCCGAAGAGGAAGAAGAUUGCUGCACAGCAUGGGACAUCAAAUAUCUUUUUCUCGAAAAUGACGAUCAUAACCCUGGAAAAUACACACAUUGUGAACUCGACAUGUCGUUUAUGUUAGGUUUAAGCUGCGGCAUUAUCCCCUUUGCUAAUCACGAUCAUGCGAAAAGGGUCCUGUUUCAAUCACAAAAACACAGUCAGCAAGCGAUCGGGUACUCAAGCACAAAUCCCGAUAUCCGAAUGGACACACUCUCUCAUCAGUUAUUCUACCCUCAAAGGCCUCUUUUCAAAACCGUGCUUUCUGAUUGUCUCGAAAAAAGUCAACCUCUUGGUCAAACUCAAAAGGGUAUGAUCCCGAGACCUGAAUUCUACAACGGCCAGUGUGCCAUCGUGGCGGUUAAUGUGCAUCUCGGGUACAACCAAGAGGACUCGUUGGUUAUGAACCGCGCGUCUUUAGACCGCGGGAUGUUUCGGUCGGAACAUAUUAGAAGUUACAAGGAAGAAGUGGAUAAUAAGGAAGCGUUAGGGAAGAAGGUUAAGUCGGAUGACGCUAUCAACUUCGGGAAGAUACAAAGCAAGAUUGGACGGGUUGAUAGUCUGGACGAUGACGGGUUCCCGUUUAUCGGUGCUAAUUUGCAGAGCGGUGAUAUAGUGAUCGGGAAGUUUACAGAAGGGGGAUCCGAUCAUAGUGUGAAAUUGAAGCACACCGAAAGAGGGAUGGUUCAAAAGGUCGUGCUUUCGGCAAAUGAUGAAGGACAGAACUUUGCGGUGGUAUCUCUUAGACAGGUCCGUUCGCCAUGUCUUGGUGACAAGUUUUCGAGUAUGCAUGGGCAAAAGGGUGUUUUGGGUUAUCUGGAAGCUCAAGAAAAUUUUCCGUUCACGGUACAAGGAAUCGUUCCUGAUAUUGUAAUAAACCCGCACGCUUUCCCUUCAAGACAAACUCCCGGGCAGAUGCUGGAAUCUGCCCUGGGUAAGGGGAUUGCGUUGGGCGGUUCACAACGAUACGCUACCCCGUUUUCUUCUCCCUCUGUGGAUGCCAUAACCGCUCAGCUUCACAGGGCCGGGUUUUCGAGAUGGGGAAACGAGAGGCUAUACGACGGACGAACCGGUGAUAUGGUGAAAUCUCUUGUCUUCAUAGGACCGACAUUUUACCAGAGGCUGGUCCACAUGUCCGAAGACAAAGUGAAGUUUCGAAACACGGGCCCUGUACACCCUCUCACUCGACAACCAGUGGCAGACAGGAAACGGUUCGGUGGGAUCAAGUUCGGUGAGAUGGAGCGGGACUGCCUCAUAGCCCAUGGAGCCUCGGCUAACCUUCACGAGCGUCUUUUCACUCUGAGUGACUGUUCGGAGAUGCAUGUUUGCAGAAGGUGCAAGAGAAUGGCAAGUGUGAUCCAGAGGUCGGUUCCGGGGGGACAUAAGAUACGCGGGCCGUAUUGUCGGAUUUGUGAUUCUGUGGAGGAUGUGAUCAAGGUAAGCGUGCCGUAUGGCGCAAAGUUAUUGUCUCAAGAGCUCUUCAGUAUGGGGAUCUCUCUUAAGUUUGACACUGAACUAUGCUAGAUUUGGUGUAGCUUAUGGUAUGCAACUUUAUUUAAUGUUUGGUAGAAUGGUGUGAAGUAGGAACAAGUCUUGUUUAGGUAAAUUCGGUUUCGGAGUUGUACUCCAUGCAGUUUUAGUUGUACCUUGCCAUUGGUUGUUUUAUGAUUCUAGUGUUAAGUCAGUAAAUUAUUUAAAUUCAUAACAUGUAGGCAUGUUGAUC